AAAAGGCGGGCGCCUCCCGCCUCCGAAAGCCGAACAACAACACACUGCGGAACAUCACGCCUCCGGCUGUCUCGGCGCUCGUCGUCACUCUGAGGAUUACGCCAUGCAGGAGUACAUCGUUUUACCCGUUCUGCUGGCUGUGGCUCGUGCUGGAUACGUUGCGCCAGUGACUGGUUACAUUGAGACUGAGUCUUCUACAAGCCAUCAUUCGCAAGAUGUGGCCGGCAACUACGACUUCGGCUACAAGGCGCGACACCCCGGCGGCGCCACUUUCCGCCAGGAGACCGGCAACCCUUGGGGCCACAAGAUCGGCUCGUACGGCAUCGCCGACGCGGACGGACGGGUCCGCCUCGUCAAGUACGUUGCCGACCACAACGGCUUUCGCGUCUACAUCUCCACCAAUGAACCGGGAACGGCCGCCUCCAGUCCUGCCGGAGCUGGCAUCAACGCCCCCGUGGCACUGGCUGCGGCGCCCGCCGUGGCGCCGUUCCUUCUGCAGCCAUCAGCGCCUGUGGGAGUAGUUACUAAGGUCGCUCCCGCAGUGAAUGCUGCCCAUGUCUACGGCCCACCCAUAGUGGGACCUGUUCUCAAGCCAGCCGUACCCGUAGCUGCGGCGCUGCAUAGCUUCAGGCCGGUCUACGAGAAGAAGCCAUAUGUAACGGCUGCUGUGCAGCCGGGUCCCGAAGUCGAGUACGAUGCCCGGGACUACAGGGUCAGCAAUCAACGUUGGGCGCUGGGAACGGAGGCUACCUUACAAUUUGGAGUAACCGGCUCCAUCCCGACGACCAUUAUGAAGGCCCUCAUCGUGUUCCUCCUUGCGGCCGUUGCACGUGCCGGUGCUGUGCAGUACGCUCCUGAAGUUGGUUUCUCCACCCAGCAUCGGACGCAGGACGUCUGGGGCAACUACAACUUCGGCUACGACGAGAAGCACUCCGGCGGUGGCUCCUGGCGCAAGGAGUCCAGCGACGCCUCCGGCAACACCGUCGGCUCGUACGGCUUGCACGACGCCGACGGUCGCGUGCGCAUCGUCAACUACGUGGCCAACGCGUACGGCUUCCGCGCAUCGGUGGCCACAAACGAGCCCGGCACCGCCGCUUCCAGCCCGUCCGGCGUGGGCAUCAACGCUCCGCAGGGGCCCACCGGACCUCCCAUCGGCGCCUCCGGAAACGCCGGAGUAGCCGACGUUGUCUUUGCAGCAGCGGCGCCCGUCGCCGCUCCCGUUUCAAACUCGGCUGUCGCGGUUUCCGCUCCCAUUUCUAAACUUUCACUCGCUGCAACCGCUCCCGCCGUGACGUACGCUGCCGCCGGUCCGGCUUUCGCCGCUGCCUCCGCGGCCACUAACGCUGCUAAGUUCGCGGCAGCCUCUCCGGCUGCUUUCGUGGCUAACGUCUACGGUCCGACCAUUGGCGAACUUAUUGGGCACGCUUACGGCAAGCGCAUAUAGGCGAAAGAAGACAGAAAGCAAAAAAAAAGAAAAGAAAGUCGGACGUAUUCUUUUCUAUAGGCGCGGUAUUUCCCCGACUUCGUCCCACUUUUAAGUUAUUUAUGAUCAGACUACAGAAUCAGUCAGUUGACUGAACCACACGUCGUGUUUCAUUCCCCCGAGUCCGACAAAUAGCUUUUCGCGCACAUGUUUGUUGCCCUGAUUAGCACCUGCGUUUAUGUUCACGUUUGUGUUAUAAGCGUGUGUCUCUGACCAAACGACGUAUACUUAUACAAUAUUUCUGUCCUUGAAGUGAAAUAAACGCACUGCUAUA